AGCUUUUCCGUUCCUUAACAAAACGCCAAAACGAAUGAAACAAAUGCCGCCUUACCAAACAUAAAUCUCCACCGCAGGUGUUUUAUUGUUAAGGACAUCAAAUGGUUUGUGUUUUGUAUCAUAGCCAUAGCUCACUUUUACCAAGCAAGGGCAUUCUUCCUCUCUGCCACUAGGAACCGGUGAACGAGAGCCCAUAAUCGUCGAAACACAGGUGCUCCUGUAAGAUGGACUUUUUGAAAGAGGAGAUUGAACGAAAACGUCGCCAAAUUCAAGCAGAUGGAGAAUUACCAGUGAAAAGGGCGUUUCGACGAGGAGACCUGGAGAAGGCUCGAGAAGAGAAAUAUCGAGAGGAACAGGCUCAACGGGAGAAGGAACGCGAGAAAAAAAGGAAACAACAUGAGGAGGAGUUGCAACAGAUGCGCCAAAAACUUAUCCAGUCCAAGACGGCAUUGCAGAAAAAAACCGGGGAAACCAGAUUGCCUUCUGACAAAGAGGAGCGAAAAGCUCCCCCUCAAGAUGCAACUACGGAGGGAUCAUCAGAUGCACAGGCCAAUGGCGAAGAUACUGUGCCCAUAUCUACAAUACAGUCUCAGCUUCGGGCGAUGAAGAAACCAAUUCGACUAUUUGGCGAAAACGAAGACAUGAUACGUACCCGCUGGAAAUCAGAGCAGAAAGAACAACGCAAGCGCGAUCUCGAGCAGGAACUCAAAAACCAACGAGUGGAAAUCAUUGAGUGGGAGAGAUGCAACACCCAACGGUCAAAAGUUGCACGGCAACUGAUCGUCUUCAUUAGACACGGUUUACGCCUUUGGCAAGAGUUUUUCGCGAAGAAAAGUAUUGAGGAACUAGAUUUAUCUACAACAAAAGCACAGUACAAAGUUUUCCAACAAGCUUCCCAGCAUCUUGAACUACUCAUCAACAAAAUCAUAGACGAUCAAAUUGACAACGAAGUGUUUGAGCGCGUUGCGGAGAUCUGCUACUGGUGCCAAAAGGAAGAGUUUGUCAAAGCAAACGAUGCAUACCUCCGGGUCAGCAUUGGCAAUGCUCCAUGGCCCAUCGGUGUUACCAUGGUCGGCAUUCACGAGAGAAGUUCGCGAGAACGGCUGACCGCCCAUUCCGUCGGCCAUGUGUUGAACGACGAGAUGACGAGAAAGUGGUUACAAGCAUUAAAGCGGCUCGUCACUUUUUUUGACAAGGAGCGACCACUCUGGAAGACUGUAGAGGAAGCUGGUAACGAAGAACACGAGUUGCAGAGUUGAUGGUUAAGCCGUGUUUAAAAGGCAUAAAUAGUAGAUGACUCCUUCUUGUUACUGACUUUCGUUACUAAAAACACACAUGUGGAAUGGUGGGCGAAUUAUCGAUCGCAGACUCUGGACCACAUCGAAUCUGUUUCUACUCCAAGUCCAAAUCCAUAACCAUGUCCUCUGGCUGAAUAGGUUUUUUUCCCUUCCCCUUUGAUUUUUCUCUCGAGCUGGCGGGGGGAGAAGAAGAAGAGGCAUUCGAAGCUGGAGAAGGAGCUCCCAAGCUCAAAAGAGGGUUUCCGCCGUUGCCGGGAUUUUGGAAGGCUUGCAUCAUAUCUUGCAGCAUGUUGUCUGAGACGCCGCCUCCCGAAACAGCCGGCGAGUGAAGGGGGAGAAUUGUGUUUCCCUUCAUGCCCUUUGGGUAUGCAGGCGGCUGUUCUGGCAAUUUUGCAGGAAGACCCGAGACAGGAAGUCUCAAGGGAUCUUCUCUUUUCGUAGGAUUCAGCACGAGUUGUUGGGCAACUUGUUUGUAGAGGGAGCGACCUAAACCCAAAAAAAAGAGAGACUGUUAGCGGGAGUACGAGGAUUUGUGGGAAGCUACUUUCUUCUCUAAUCUAUCAUUUUUUUACUUACGAUUCAUGUUGUCGGGCAAAACGACGUCAACUCUUCCGGGAUUAGCCCAGUCAGCAGGAUGUGUUUUAGAAGGAUUUAGCACACAUUUGUAACCCAAUUUGUAAACGACAUCGCCAAUGUUUUUCGCC